UAAGCUAAUAUCGAGAAGACAGAAUGUUAUAUAAUUCCCAACGAAGCCUUAUGAUGUUUCCUUUUUCAUAUCACAUCAUCUCAUACAUUCCAUCAAUCAACAUUCAAUUUCAUCAGCGCCCAACAUCUACAUAAAGAAGAACAAUCCAUCCACCAAACAAACGUUCAAUACAAUACCAACACUACACAUUCAAACCACACAAAUACCUUUCACAUCCACCAAAAAACUCUCUAUCUUGAAAUACCUCAAACUUCCAAACCACCUCUUCAAAUUCAAAUUCACAUCAAAAUGUCUACCUCAACAGCCUCAUAUCCAUCCCCCAGCCUCUCAUCCCACGAAACCCAAGAUAUUACAUCCCUCUUCACCUACGCCAAAUUAAUGCACGAACACACUCGUAAACAAAUGGAGGCAGCCGACAAAUCCGCACGUAGAAGAAGCGCCAACUCACAUGGUACAAAUGCACAUGCCUCAUUAAGAAGUGGACAUGAGAGUUCGACGGAUAGUGCUUCGUCUGCUGGAUCACGAUAAAAUCCAUACGAUGAUUGAAGGAAUAUGCACGGAAUGGAUGGGGUGAACGAGGAUCUGGGGAUACGAUUCAUGAUGCAGCUAUGUAUGAGCUGUGCGGACGUCUACGCAUGCAUGUAUGCGGCAUAGCGUAGUAUGAUUUUUUAACGAUUUUUUAUUAUCGUGUCAUUGUGUGGGGAUUUGUAUUAUACUCCGUUGUAGGUUUAUCUAUUGAUGAACAUGGUUGUUUGGGGAAAAGGACAUACAUACAUACGGAAAUGUGGCGUUUGGGUGUUUGUGUUCGUGUCUAUGGGAUAUUAUAUUGUAUGAAUAGGAGUUGUUUGAGCGAGGGAGAGGUGUUCAAGCGGGAUGAGGAAUGAGGGAGUUGGGAUCUGGUGGUGGUGUUGUGACGAAGGAUGUCGGUGGGGUCGGGAGGGGAGAUUUAUUUCGCUAGGGAUUUGUUGUUGGUGGUGAUCGGAAGAUGGUUGACGA